GUAAGAUGGCGGCGCCUGGCGGGUCGGUGCCAGGGUCAGUGGCUGAGAUCAAUGAGCUGGUCCGGAGGAGUCAGGAGGAGGAUUUGGUCUCGGUUGUCAUGGUACCCAUCCAGAGUCUGGCCAGAGCAUUCAGGGAGCAGCAGAAUAGGGAGGAAGCCACACAAUCUGUGUUUGAAGUAUUUGCACACAUCCUGACAAGACAGUUGGCUGCAAUAAAAGUCUUCACUGAGAAUUCUGAAAGUGGCAAGAAUGAACAAUAUGAAACUUGUUUGCAGCUUAUUGCUGAAUGUUUCCGAUGUCUCAGAAAUGCCUGCAUACAAUGUGUCAAGAACCAGUCUCAUAUAAGAACUGUAGGUCUGAUUGACCCGACUGUUCAAAUUCUCCAGCUUCUUCGCAUGUUAAGAGGUUUUGAGAGUGAUACAUUGUCAGCAGCUUUUCAAUGCGGCCUUCAGUUCCUUGGAAAUCUGGCAGUUGGCAAUGAGGAAUCUAAGGAUGUCAUUUGGAAAAAUGCCUUUCCAGAUCUGUUCUUGAAUUGUCUGAAUCAUUUGGAUAAGAAAACUGUUACCUAUUGCUGCAUGGUUCUGUUUACCUGCCUUAAUGGUGAGAGAACAGCAGAUCUACUAAACCACACCAAAGGGAUUGAACUGGCUGAAACUGUUGUCAAAAUCUGCAGGAAAGAGCCAGAACUGGACUGGGCGUUUCUUAUUGUAACAGAGCAGUUUCUGAAAUGUCCAGAUUUAGUGUCUGCUAUGUACACAAAAUGGAACAGUCAAGAAAGGAUUAUCAUCUUGGAAUUAAUAUCUGCGAAGCUGAGUGACAAGAAUCAGGAGUCUCAAGCUGGUAGUGAUGAUCUGGCGGUUCCUGUCAGACUAAUGCAAUUUUUGGCAGCCUGCUUCAUAGAGAAAUACAUGGCAGUGUUGAAAUAUGCCUCUGCUACUGAAGCAGAAGAUGAGGAGGCUCUCAUUGUGAUCAGGCUUCUUGAUAUUCUCUGUGAAACAACCUCAAACCAUGAAAAAUUCAGUUAUUUGCAGAACUCGCCUGCUCUGGUGGAGACUACUAUUAAACUUUUGUAUGAGACCCACCUUGCAGGAAAACAAAGCAGAAAUAUUUUUACUGCAUCCCAGUCUUUAUCAUUCGCCAAUCACACCACUCAUCCUGCUGUUGGAUUUAAAGCACAUCUGAUCCAUCUAAUUGGCAAUCUUUGCUAUAACAACAAGGAAAACCAAGAAAAGGUUCGUCAUUUGGGAGGCAUUCCACUCAUCCUGGACAACUGCAAUAUCGAUGACAAUAACCCUUUCGUGAGCCAAUGGGCAGUUUUUGCCAUUCGUAUCCUUACAGAACAGAACGCGGAGAAUCAGGAAGUGAUAUCCCAGAUGGUACAUCAGGGUAUAGCAGAUAAUGCUGUGCUAAACAGCAUGGGAUUGCGGGUUGAAGAGCAAAAUGGAAAACUUUACAUAAAGUCACAGGAAAAGUGUGAAUAACUGCAUGGAGAGAAGCAAUUGUUGGAAAAUAUCAUCACAACAAGGAUCUACUGAUCUAUUUUUCCAGUCAUUUGGCACACCAAGAGGAAAAUAUAAAUGAACAAGAUGAAAGGAAAGCAGUGAUGGAAAAUGGUUCUUUGUUUAAAAUACACAAUGUUAUUUAUUACUCUCUCUAGAUUGUCAUCAGUCUGGUAUCAAGAGUCUCACAGUGCUGUGAUAUGCAGGUUAAGACUGACUAGUGAUAAGAAUAUUAACUAUGCAAGAGAAUGGUUGCCUUCAGCAUAUCCAGGAUUGAAAUCUGAUUAUGCAAUAAUAAAUUGCUCUAAAUUAUACAUCAACAUCAAACAUGGAUAUAUAUUAAAAAUUGAUUUGAUUUUCUGCAAACCCAUGUCAAACAAUAAAAUAUUGCACAUUUUACAAAGACACUGAUUAAAGAGUUGUGGGGUUUAAUGCUGAAGGCUAAAUCAGAAGAAUUAUUUAGUGGGAUUUAAACUUGUAGGGAGAUGUUAGCACUUUUCAAAUACACACAAAAUAUUUUGUCAGUAAAACAGUAUUAAAUUGAGUGUGAUGGUCUCGAGAAUUAAACGC